AUGCACAAGGCUUCGAGGCUAUCCAACACUCCCACUACUCGAAGGUCCAAGGCGAUCGAGCGCGAUGCCCGCUUCAAGGAGUACCUCGAGGACCGGAAGGGUUGGGUUGACCGCCGCGCCGCCGACUCUCAGGAGCGCGCCGUCAAGAACGUCGAGAUCGCAAAGGAUAUCCGCGCGCGGUGGCUCGGUGGUUCGAAGGAGUAA